UCUUUUUUGGCUAUAAAAACCCUUCCAUAUAGAACCAAGUAUACUCAUCAAAAACAAAAUAUUUAUAUUAAUAAUAAUUUUGUUACUUACUAACUAGCUAAUAAUAAGAAUUAAUUAUGGCUUGUGGUAAGUGGUACUCAUGCAUUGUGUUGGUUCUUAUUGUUCUGAGUGUAGUAGCUGCUAGAAAUGUGCCAAUGGACAAUAACAAAGGGCUUAACGAUCAGAAGAACUUCCUCUCUUACGGGGGUAUCGGUGGAUACUCCGGUGUUGGCAAUGACGGACUCCCAAUUAGCGGGAUGGGUGGCGUCAUUGGUGGAGGCGGUAACGGUUUAAAUGGGGGGAUUGGUGGUGGGAUUGGACUUGGUGGUGGCAAUGGUGGACUAUUUGGUGGACUCGGCGGUACUGGUGUUGGUGGUGGUGGUGGUGGUUCUGGCUUUGGUGGUGUUCCUUCCCCUUGAAUUUUAUUAACAAACAAAAGUGAUGAUCAUGAAAUUAAGAGUUAUGAGUGAGUUUUUUGUUUUGUGAUAAAGAGUGUAAUGUGUGUGAGAGUCUCAUUUGUUAGUUUUAACAACUUAAUUAUAUUUUCUAUAAUCCAAGGUUGAUUAUCUAAGGGUUUUAUUCUUUAACCAAUGUUUGUUUUUUGUUUUCCAUAUGUAAUAUUAAAACCUAUAUAAAUUAAGUUACAUUUUUGUUA